GUCUCUCUCUCUCUCUCUAUAAACUCAUCUUUCUCUUUCUCUUUCUCUUUUGUUAUUAUUUACAACAACAUAAACCAGAACAAUCAAUUUCAACCCCUCUAAAACCUCUUCCUUAAUUUGCUUUUUCUUUCUCCUUAACAACCAAAACCUCACCUUCUCAAAUUGCAUGUUAAGUCCCUUUUCUUUCUUAUUAAUUAUUCUCUUUCAAAAUUCCAUUUAUGCUUCAAAACAUGAAACACAACUACAACAACAACAUCAACAACAAGCAUGUGUAGUAUCUUUGUCUCUAUUUUCACAACCAUGGAGAAUAAUAAUUACCAAGGUGAUUUAACUGACAUAAUUAGAGCUAGUGGUGGAGCUGAACCUCAACAACAUCAUGAUCAAUGGCAUCAUAAUCAUAAUCAUGAUCAAUUCUCUUCUGAUAUUCACCCUUUAAGUUUCUCUUCUAUUCUUGAAGGAACCAACAACAUCUUUGGUGAUCCAUUAUAUUCAACUUUAAGAGACCCUUUUUUACAACAACUUGAUACUGCUACUAAUACUACAGGUUCUUCUUCUUCUUCUUCUACUUCUUCUUCAACUUCAUAUUUCAACAUCACAACAACAAGUACUACUACUUCUACUUCUUUGGAACAACAAGGAGUUUCAAUAAUUGAUGUUGCUUCUUCAGCUGGUGUUGCACUUGAUCAUCAACAUCAUGAUAUCAUGAGAUCAAGAAGACCAAUAUGUAAAAACAUAUUCUCAAAUAUGAUUCAGAUCUCUCCAAAUAAUGCAAAGUUAUUACCUUAUGAUUCUAAUUCAAACAUCAUGGCACCUUCUCCAAGGCCAAUUAUUAAUAAACCUUCUUCUUCUUCUGCUAUUGUCAAUGUUUCACCCAACAUCAAUAUUAAUGCUAAGGAUUCUCUUCUAGACAACAACAAUACAGGAGGAGGAGGAGUUCAGAUCUCAUCUUCAAGGAAUACAAAUCUUAAAAGAAGGAAGAAUCAGGCAAAAAAGGUGGUUUGUAUUCCUGCACCAGCUGCUGCAAACAGCAGACAAACUGGAGAAGUUGUUCCUUCAGAUUUGUGGGCUUGGAGGAAAUAUGGUCAGAAACCCAUUAAAGGUUCACCUUAUCCCAGGGGUUACUAUAGAUGCAGCAGUUCAAAGGGUUGUUCAGCAAGAAAACAAGUUGAAAGAAGCAGAACAGAUCCAAACAUGUUGGUUAUUACUUACACUUCAGAACACAAUCAUCCAUGGCCAACUCAAAGAAAUGCUUUAGCUGGUUCAACAAGAUCUCAACCAACCAAAAACAACAAUGCUUCUAUCAAGAAUUCAUCAGAAACUUCUUCUCAGCUUGAAAAUAACACAACAAAACCAAAAGAAGAAGAGAGCAACAACAACAGUGAUGGAAAUGAUUCACCAGUUAAUGUGAAUGCUGUGAAGGAAGAGAUGGAAUUGGAUAUUGAGAAGCAAUUUGAGAUGGAUGAAGGUGAAUUCAGUGAUGGACUUUCUUAUAAGCCAACUAUGAUUGAAAGUAAUCAAAGUCAUGAAGAUUUUUUUGCUGAAUUGGGAGAAAUUGAAGCUGAUCCAUUAAAUUUAUUGUUUAAUCAAGGUUUUGGUUCAAGUAAUGUUGAUGAUCAUCAAAGGGAAUCAUCUUCCAAGGGUUUAGAUCCAUUUCAUCUAUUUGACUGGUCAGGAGACAACAAUACAAACAACUCAUUUGAAGAACCAAAUAAGAGAAGGUUAUGACAACACCUACAAUUUAAAGACAUGCACACACCUAUAGUAAUAUAUCUCCCUCACACACACACAAAAAGACCUUAUUAUCAAUCUUGCUUUUUACUAUUAUUUGGUGGUGCUAUAUUAUAUUCAAAUUAUGACCUUAUUUGAAUGUGUCAUGUUGGUUGGGGGUGGGGGAGAGAUUUUCCCUUUUUUAUUUUUUGUUUUUUGGAUUUAAAUUGCAUGCAGCUAAUACAAAACAUAUUCAAACACUCAGAUGUCUAUAAACCCUUGGAUUCAUUUGAUUAUUUGAAACUUAAGAGAUGAUGUUGGAAUGAUGAAGGAUUUGGAAUGUUCAUAGUCAAUAAUUUUACACAUUCAUGCAAUCAGUACCUCGUUGACUAUUGGAUUAAGAUUCGACGAUUUGAUUCAGAUUUUAAUUAUUUUAAAAAUUAAAUGCUAAAUUUAAAAUCUGAACCAUCUGAUAUCAAUCCAAUAAACAAAAAUAUACUGAUAAUUACAUGAUGUCGACUAAAUGACAUAAUUCAAAUCUAAAAAUGAAUGAAUUCAAGUGUCAAGAUUUAUUGACUAAGUGAAUAAGUGUAGUCUUAAUUGCAUGUGAUAGACAAAUCCAAGUUUGUUUUAUGUUGUGAGAGGGAGAUAGAUUAGUAGAGUGAAAAUGUGAUAGUUGGUUGGUUGAUUGGAAGCAAAGGAAAAGUGAGUCCCACAUAUUGAUUUUGGAAUAUUGGUGGAUGGGACAGAAAGCUGAGGAACAGAAGGUUGCAAUAGUUGUUAUAAGUACAUUUCACUAUAUACAGACAUGAUCACUCGAAACCUCACUCACUCUAAGAAAAAAAAAAGAUAAGACUAGCCCUUUCAUCUUUUUCAAUUUCAAGUGGAAAAAAAAAUAUAUUUUUUUUUUCAAGGCUUGUUGGUCAUGGUCAUGCAUGUGAAGUUAUUAUUAUUCUAAUUCCACAUAGUGUGUGAGUGAAAAAGAGAAGUAUGGAUUCCAAGAUUUGCUUGUGGUGAGAUGAAUGAAGACAAAAGAAUAUAUUUAUUUAUAAAUUUAUUAAUUUAUAAUAUAAUUAAAGCUUGACUUUUCAUAUCAGUCACACUUCUAGGGAUGUGUGACAUGAGGGAGGUGAAAUGCAUGCUUUGGUUCCUCGGCUUUCUGUUUUAGUAUUAUUAUCCACCGACUUGUUUGUAUUCAUUGAUUUUAAUGAAAUGAAACUAUACUAUUAUUAAUUAUUAUUA